UUGUUGGAGGUUGUUAUUGGUGGUUGGUGGCUGUUGUUGGAGGUUGUUGUUGGUGGUGGUGGUUGGGUCGGCCGCUGCUCGUCGUGAAAGAUGCGUUCACGCUGUACCGCCCACACCCUUCACGGCCUUGCGAUUAACGUUCGCAAUUCGAUUCGGCAAUACUAAAUAAAUUAUUAUUGUAAUGAAUAUUGGUCGCGAAAGCCCACGUGUUAAGCGACUGUAAUGUUAUUGUGCACGGUGCAAGGCCGUGAAUAGAGCCCCCCCCUACAUCAUUUGCGGUGUUGGUCAAUAUUUGGUUACGCCGGUUCACCUCGAGAGAUUGUAUUUGUCAGUCCCGAGUUUUAUAAGUCCUUAGUUUUAAAUUUAACAACGCGAACCACCCAGGCCCAGUGUGUCAUGCAGAGGAGGAACACUUUGAGGCAGGCCUUUGGCCAGGAUCCCGCUGCGGCCGAGGCCCCCGGGCCUACUCCGCAGGCCCCCGGGCCUACUUCGCAAUCCUCCGGGCCUACUCCGCAGGCCCCCGGGCCUACUCCGCAAGCCCCCGGGCCUACUCCGCAGGCCCCCGGGCCUACUCCGCAGGCCCCCACGGCUUCCUCCUCACGGCGCCUGGGACCACCGCUCAGGGCUCGGGGCUGGGCCCUCGCCGCCUACAGCCGCCUCGUCCCGGGCCCCGUGGCCCCCAGGCCUCCCGUGGCCCUCAGGCCUCCGGGGGCCCCCAGGCCUCCCGGGGUCACGGUCGAAGCGCGCGCGGGCUCGCGGCAGAGUGCGGCAACGUGGAUGGAUUUUGAAUGCUCUGACAAGCGGGGGAAGCUUUUGAUGUCCAUCACUGAGUCUGGUAAUUUGUCGGUAAUGGACGGAGAAACUGCACUGGAACAGUUUUCCAUUUAUGAAGCACCGUGCAUGACAAGCUUGUGUCAUGUUUUUCAAAAAGAAGAAUGUGUUUUCUUUUCAACACAAGUUAAGACAGCGGGGCGCACGUUUCGAGUGAAGUUGUACGGAGAAACCAAAGAGCAAGCCCUGGAGCAGUGCUCCAGCUGUGUGAUGGUCCUCUCAAACUUCAUAAGGGUUCACAAGAUGGCAGCGGUGCCUGCGGAGAAGCAAGGUGGUGGAAAACUCACGAAGCCACAGCCCGUGACCCAUCAUCUACUGGAAGCUGCUCGGCCCACUGGGAGUUUGCCUCAAGUGCACUUCUCAGAUGGCACUGCAUCCAUGAGUCAGCUUGCGAAGCUGACAUCAGGUGCGGCCACAGCACCCUUCAGGCCCCUGGCAUCGCUGCAGUCGCCCAACUUCCCCGCGCAGCAGUUGGGGCCCUUGCUGCGACUGUGUGUGCUCGAUCCCAACUUCAUCGCCCUCGUCGAGCGUGUGGAGCAAGAGCUGACCAAGAUCAUCGCCGAGGAUCCCUAAAGAGCUCCCGGGAAGUUUAAUUUGCUCAAUCAGUCCAUUAGCAUGAUGAGGAUGACGAUGCUUUCCAAGCAUUCGAAUAUGGGCCAUAACCCUGAACCCGCAUCCACACAAACCGCGGCAGAUGCAGAUACUGGAUGAUGCACAAGAUUAAAAACUGCAGUGUACCGAUUGUGGUCACCCAGAACGUAAAACGACUCAAGGCCCGCUGAUUCACAAAUAUUCGAAGGAAUCGUCACAGCAAUACACCACUCAUUAUCUGGCUCAACCACAGUGUAAAAUUAUAGUUGUUGCUCAGCCAUCCGAAGAAGUAAUUCAUCCUAAAUGUAAGAUCAACAUAUAGACGUGCAUAUACGUUUUCUAAAUCCUGAAUAAUUAAGAGGAAGUUCGGAUGCAUGCAAGUGCAAGAACAGGUUUAGAAUAUAUAUUAAUGCAAGAAUGGACGCGUCUUACGUGCUCCCCUGGUAACAUUUUGAUGGAAGGUAGAGCGAAUGAUGUGGUGUACACCUCGUGAUUUAUAUAAAUUAAUUGGUCCUCAAUCUCUCAUCAUAGCUCAUAUCUUGUCACUCACAAAUGUGUCCUUAACCUUGCAUGUUGGGGAAGGACAUUUGACAGUUGUUAAGCCUUACAAUUAAUGGUUUAAUUUUCAUUUAAAGCUUUCGUGACUGCAGGGAUUCAUAUUCUUGGUUCUUUUGGUAAAGUCACGUAGAAGGGAAACAAAAUAAUAAAAAAU